GGAUGGUUGCAGCAGCGCGUGCCAGGUCUUCUGUUCUCCGCAGUGUGGCAACCAAGGUUCUGUGUGGUCAAACAACAAGGUCCUGGCGCUCCACAAUUGCACGUUUACAAGACGGAAGGCACAGUCAAUGGAACGCUGGUGUCGAGUUUGUCGUUGGAUCGCGUGCAUUGCCACACGUACCACGGACCAUCGAAGCUGCCGUAUGUCCUCGAAAUCCAGUCGCACACACGGAAAGCCUCCUCCCUAGCCACGUCCACCGCGCUGUUUGCAAUACAGUCAGCGCGGCUGUUCCAGUCGUGGAGAGCUUACUUCAUGGCUCUCCCGGGGAUUCAAGUAUCAGGGACCAGCAGUGGAUCGAUCAGCCGUGGCGUCCCUGCGGGCAUGUCUCCGCAGCCAUCGCAUCAACAGACGCCGGCGGCCUCGUCUACUGCAGCUCGUGCGUCAAUCACACACGCGCUCAUGGAUGCAAGGGCAUGUCACAAGUGCCUGGACACCUUCUUGACGGCCUCUGCGGUGCAUUCCAUUGACAUUGAUGGCACCGAGGUGCAGCGACAUUUACAACUGCUCCUCCAUACCAAAUGGCAGUCGGACGAAUUGGCGAAUGAUGGCGUUAACAUGACGUGGAGGGUGAAUGAAACUCAAGUUGACCACGUGCCACAUCGAGCUGUUCUCGUAGAAGCGAGCCCCUUCGGGUGGACGUGGACUGUUGUCGACGUCUUCUCGACCAACUCUACGACGACGUCGUUUCGGUGGAGAGCGGAAGGCUACUUCACUGGCCGCUUCGACGGUCAGCUGGGCGAUGGCCAAGUGCUAGAGCAAGACGGGUUUGGCCAGUACAACAGUCAAGAAAGUCGCAUGGACCUGUACUACAACCCUUGCAAACUCCUUUCUCGCCUGGAAGAGUAUGCUGCAAGUGCCAAGCGUAGACUCGGAACGUUUGCAGCCUAGCACGUCCUUUAUUAUGAAUGCCCCUUGCUGGUUUGGUCGUGUUUGGGAGGUAAAUUACACGAUCUCGGUAUGGCAAA